AACUGAACAAAAAUAAAUUAUUUUAUUCAGAUUACUCAACGAUAAAACGAGGUUUCGCAGAAAUGACAAUUCAUUCCACAACCAAAACGCAACACGUAAAGUUUGAUUACAAAAUGUGUUUGAGUUCGAUGCCUUAUUAUAUUAAGGCAACAGCAAGCCCCAAAUACAGCACAGGAGUGGAGAAGUUUAACGUUACUGUUGUUCAAAUCAAUUUCUACAACGCUGUCUUGGAACUGGAACGAAUCGAUCAAGAUUCAGGGUGGGGGGAAAUGCUAUUCACUGUGCAGUGGACGAUUUACCAUAUCUCAGACUACAUAACUUCAACCGCAACAGUGCAAUACCGCGUGGACUACGACACAGAUGUGAAGGUUUCAGAAACAUCAAGAGUGUCAGAGGUUCAUGAUCAAGGUUUAUCAAAGUUACCAGCCUUACAAAGCAAUCUUCAAUUGCAACCACGUCUUUCACAAGCAAGACAAAACGGUCACAGGUUUUUGAUGUUUGAUCAAAUGCCCAACAGAUUGAUUACUAACCUUAAUCUGAAUCCUAAACAAGGAGAGAACGAUCUCUUUUCGGUAUUUAUAGUUUAUCGAGUCGACAGUCACUCACAAGUAAGUAUUCAACCUUGGCGGGGGCUCUUUGGAACGGACAACAGGUAUUGGGAUAAAUUCAUUGCAUUGGGUAUCGACUCAUUGUCUGUAUCGGGCGCAGUGGGUGAUAUGAUUCAAAUUACUUCUAUUGUGAACAAUGCUAACCCAAGCGCACUUCAUGUCUGGAAUGUUCUCAGUGUCCAAUGGAAUGUAGAUGGUGGUGUCAAUGCAAGCAGUGUGUGGUGCAACGGGAAGUUACUUCAAAGAUUUCAAGCAAAAACAACUCCAUCUGAUUCAAGGUUUGUAAUUGGUGACAUCAACCCUCAGGGCAUAAGGUACUUUCAUGGAGCAUAUGGUGAAUUCGUGCUUUUCAAAGACAUCAUUAUAACUGAUGAAAUAAUGAAAAAGUAUCACUCACACUUCAUUGAGAAAUGGGGAAUCGAAGCUGAUCCAAUCCUAGUGUAAAAAAGUUUGUCGAUAACUUUAAGAGUUCAGAAUUGGAUAAAUAUUUUUUUUUCUGAACUUAAAUUUAGCUUACAGCAUGCCUAUAACAUCCUAAUAUCCUAAUCGUGGUUUAAAAAAAGUAACACCAGUUCUUUGAAAGUUUUUGUUUAUAACCAAAUGGGACAAGAUAUUAGAAUGAAAAGGUGUCCCAUAUUCCUCACCCAAAUCUAUAAAAAGAAAGACAAAACGUUGUUGGCACUAUACGUUAUCAGAUAUUUUAUAUAUAGUAGGUUGGGGGAAGA